UCAAACAACAAUUACAUUUCCUGUUGGAAAAGUUAGCGAAAUUAUCUAUAAUAUAAUAUAAUACGAUACGAUAUAAUGGUAUGUUUUUGCUUUUUGGUGGAUCAGAAGAAGAUGAUGAGGCAGAGUAAGCCCGUGGCCGGUUCGUGUUCACGUUGCGGCCACGGAGCUCAAGUUGCUGAUAUGCGUACCGCUACCAGAUUUUGUUAUGUUCCAUUUUACUGGAAAUCUUGGAAGGCUAUUGUUUGUUCCUUUUGUGGUGCUGUUCUCAAAUCUUACAGAUAAUAAUAACAAUAAUAUAUAUGAACAUAUAUAUAUAUAUGUAUAGUAUCUAUAAUAUAGAAGCUCGAAACACUCUCUCUAUAUAUAUCCUUUAUGUUCAUAAUUUUGAUAAUAAUGAAAGAAAGAGUUUCUUCUUUUUCA